AUGCCAUUUAGAGGUCACGACGAAUCUGAUGACUCCUCAAACAAGGGCAAUUACAAAGAAAUUUGUGAACUAAUAUCUAGAUAUAACACAUCAUUUUCCGAAUCUUACAACAAAUAUUUCAAUCUCAGUAGUUCAGAUAUACAAAAUGAUAUUAUUAAUAAUGCUGGAAAUAUUAUACAAUCCAAAAUAAUCGGCGAAAUCAAAGAAUGUGGAGCCUAUGCAAUAAUGGUUGAUGAAGCAAGGUGCUUCAAAGAGCAACAGUUGUCAUUCUGUGUGCGUUACACAAAAAAAUUGGAGAUAGAAGAACGAUUUUUGGGGUUCGUAGAAUGUUCUCAACAACGUGAUGCGUCAAGCUUGUGCACUUUGAUAAUAAAUUUCAUAGAUAAAUUGGGCCUAAGAAACUUUCCAAUAAUUGCACAAGCCUAUGAUGGUGCAAGCGUGAUGUCGGGAAGAAACAGUGGCUUACAAGCAAAGAUAAGGGAAAUACAUCCUGAAGCGAUUUACAUUCACUGUAUGGCCCACAGACUUAACUUAGCUGUGGUUGACUCAUGCAAUGACAUACAGGGAGUUAAAGAGUUUUUCAAUAUCUUGGAAUCUUUAUUUGUGCACUUUUCCCAGCCGUCAAACCAUAAAACCUUCAUUGAGACACAAAAGGCAUUAGGAACCAAGACACUGGAACUCAGUAGGAUUUCAGACACUAGAUGGAGUUGUAGGAGCAAUAAUUGCCAAGCCGUUAAAAAUAAUUAUUCCUCAAUUAUUGUGGCUCUUAAAUAUGAAAUUGAGGAAAAUUCCAAUAGAAACGUUGUUGAGGCGAUGGGUCUUUUAACAAGCUUGACUACAAGCAAGUUUCUGAGGUGGUAG